UCACACACUAUUAAGCUGCUCAAAUUUGCAUUUCGAUGCUUUUCAAAAAUUAAUAUAAAAAAAUAUCAUAAAACGAAACUAAGGGAACUAUUAAAGAAAUUCAAAAUUCUAUCGAAUAACUGUUUUGGUCAUACAAUCCGGCUUAUAAUUUCCUAACAGAAAGGUAACAAUGAAUCCAGAUCCAACUAUACGAAAAGUAGUGCAAGUGGCGGAGCAAGCACAACAGCCUCUACAUGUGCCUGUUGUCGUGGGUAAUGAAUGUUUUAUAAUCACACAGCAAGAUGUACGAAGAAUUGAGGAUUCUCGGCUUUUUUCAUACAAUAAAUUGAAUGCAAAAGGCGAAGUGGUACCUAUGGAUACUUCGGGUUUUAAUGCAAGUGGACGUGACGCUCUGCUAGCCGGUACACAAUUUCAACAAAAUGCUUCUAUUAAUCCAUUCAAUAUGGGGAUAUUAUCGGAUCUAGUAGCACGUGCAUACAAUGUAACAACAUCAAUGCAACAGCAACAGCAACAAAAUGCUGCACAAUUAGCAAUGACAAUGCCCGAUUUACUUUCAUUUAACCAACCACAAUGCCUACAAAGCGUAGGAUAUUCACCGACUGCGGCAACGCUUCAGCAACAGUUGGAUUGGUCGAAAGCUUGCAACACAAUGCCGACACAAGCGUCCAUGUAUCCACUCCAUCAAACCUUGGCUACAUCGACAACGGAGAUUGCGCGAACACAGAGCGUUGCCCAAACACCCUCACCCACUAAAAGACAGUGUUGCACGCGCGGUUGUAACACCGUAUGUAACACUGAUGUCAACUUGUCACCAAAUGCGCAAGUUCCUUCGACCACCCGUUCAGCCACUUGCUUGUGCGCACGUCAACAGGCGAAACAACGUAAAAUGACACAAUUCCGACUCUAAGCCAAUUUAAUCAGAUUUAAAAAUAUUAGUAUGAAGACUGUUGGUGUCGCUUUUCGUCGUCGUACGAUCUCAUAUGUGACUGUUGAAACGAAACGUUUUUUUACUUUUGUUUGGAAAAUUUUAUUACUUUAAUUAUGUUUAUAGUGUUUGGAUCAUAUUUAACUAAAAUUAAAUUUUAAUGUUUAUUGCUCGUCGCAACAGCGGAAAUGAA